AUGAUUGGUAAGACACGCGAAGACUUUCAUGUCGCCAUUGCUGGCGCUGGCAUUGCCGGUUUGGCUUUGGCCAUGGGCCUGCACAGGAAAGGCAUCUCCUUCAGUAUCUAUGAAGCGGCCAAGGAGUACUCAGUCGUUGGUGCCGGCAUUGGCUUUGGACCCAAUGGAAUGCAAGCUCUCGACCUCAUUGAGCCCGGCUUUCGCCCUUUGUACGAGGCCCUCUGCACUACCAACAAAGGCGAAGGGACUGAGCACAUCUUUUUUGAGGGGCAGCUUCUCGAUGAAGGGCUUGGCCACGACCAGCCAUGGUUUGGUGACUCUUCUUGGGGUCAUCAAGACUACGUACGCAAAUCUGCACACCGGAAGGAGUUACUGGAUAUCAUGACCUCCUUCAUCCCCAUUGAGACUGUUCAUUUUAACAAGUCCCUAGAGUCGGUCGAGCAGCACCCUGAUAAGGUCGUUCUCAAAUUCGCCGAUGGCACAACAGCUGAAGCGUCUCUGCUCGCCGGCUCCGACGGCAUCAAGAGUGUCGUUCGGGAGGACGUGCUCGGACCUUCUUUUCCACAAGAGGUAGCACCAGUGUAUGCAGGUAUCUAUGCCUACCGUGCCGUGCUGCCAAUGUCCGAAGUCUAUCCGAUUCUGGGGACGGUGUCUGACAUUGCGAAGAAUUACUUCGGUCAUGAGCGGGGUAUUGUCCAGUAUCGCAUCACACACGGCACCGAAGUCAAUUUUCUUUUCGUGAGGAGAGACCCGAAACCUUGGAUCAUUGAGAAGAAGUCAAUGACGGAGACAACGACACACGAGGCCAUGAUGGCUGAAUUCGAGGGCCAGAAUAUGGACCCUCGCCUGACGCAAAUCCUUGCUAAACAUCGACCUGUCAAGUGGGGCCUCUUCCAUCACUGGUGCACAUCCACUUACUACCGCGGCCGUUCUAUUCUCUUGGGCGACGCUGCCCAUGCCUCUAUGCCUUUCCAAGCUGCUGGUGCCGCACAGGGAGUCGAAGAUGCUCUGGUGCUAACUGAGGUGCUCGCCAAGGUCGCAGAGGCUCAUGCGAACUUCGGCGACACGGACGCGUACAUCAGUGCAGGGCUCGAGGCUUAUGAUGCCGUGCGUCGCCCUCGAGCUCAGCACCAGUUGGAACGAGCUGAUGAAGUCGGACGCAUGCUCACAAGAGUCCAUGAAACCAAUGGCGCAGAUGUAAGCAAGUCGAUCCGCAUGCUCCAGAACGGGUGGUACGAGUGGCUUUGGUUCCACGACCUGCAAGCCGAUGUCGACAAGGCUCUAGCAAGCUUAGAAGAGAAUGUCCAAGUUACAGCCUGA